AUCGGCUUUGGACAAGCUGUUCAAUGGUUCUGACGCUCGUGCGCUCGUCCCGCCCUUCCGUGACCCAUCCUCCAGGCGCUGAGGAGGCCGCGACGGAGCACGAGGACGGAAGCGACUCGGACGACCCCCUCCCCGGUUCUCGCGGCCACAGCCCGUUCUCGUCACGACUCGCGCCGCGCCGGCUGGUGGGCGAGGCGUCCGCCUCUGGCGCGGGCGCUAGUUUCCCGAUGUACGUGAUGCGAGUAUCAGACUUUCUCCGCCUCGAGCGGCUCACCACGCAUAAUGAGCUGCUCCGCCGCGGCCUCCUUCGCCGGCUGGAUGAUCACGAUCUCGAGGCGCAUGUCCACUUUGUCUCCCACCAGUGGUGCGGCCGAUCGGAGGCCGACCCGAACGGGGACCACCUUCGCACGAUGCAGGGCGCCUUUCGCAUGGCGCGCGCCGGCCAGCACGACGAGCUCUUCCGCUCCACCUCGGACAAGCUCGCCUUCUUCAAGGGCUACUCGAAGAACAACGCGCGCUUCCUGCGCGACCUCUCGAGCAGCCGCUCCUCCCGGCGGAGCACGCCUCGGAGCACACCCUGCUCCACGCCGGGCGCCACGCCGGACCUGCGCCGCCGGCCGGUCGGGCCGAAGGAGGGCGUGCCCCUCCUCGCGGCGGCGGCAGCUAAGGCGGCGAGUGGCCGGUGCGGCCUCGGCGAGCGCUUCUCCCAUGGCGAGCACUCCUCGGCGGACGUGGCGGACCGCUCCUCGUCCUCCCGCGGGGGCGGGGCGGUGGGCGGGGCGAGGACGUCCCUCUCCUCGCUCGAGUCCAUCGACUCUGGCGGCGAGGAGGCCUCCCAGCCCCCCUCCCCCUCCGGCCUCGCCUCUGUCACGCCAGAGCCUCAGGGCCUAGACUCCGGUCCUAGCUCCGGCCCCUCCGGCGGGAGGCGGAGCUUUCCCAGGUCGACACUGAAGUCGACUCCGCGCUGCGACUCGCCCGCCAUCUCGACCGCCGACC